CCCGAACGCCGGCCGCCCGCUCUCCUCCGCGGACCUCGGCUGCUUCUGAGCUGCGAGCAUGUCCGGUCGCGGGAAAGGCGGCAAAGGGCUGGGCAAGGGAGGCGCCAAGCGCCACCGGAAGGUCCUCCGGGACAACAUCCAGGGCAUCACGAAGCCCGCCAUCCGCCGGCUUGCCCGCCGAGGCGGGGUGAAGCGCAUCUCUGGGCUCAUCUACGAGGAGACCCGCGGGGUGCUCAAAGUGUUCCUGGAGAACGUGAUCCGCGACGCGGUGACCUACACGGAGCACGCCAAGCGCAAGACGGUCACCGCCAUGGACGUGGUGUACGCGCUGAAACGCCAGGGCCGCACCCUCUACGGCUUCGGCGGCUGAGCCGCGCCUGCCGCUCCUCUCCGGACUCCAAAGGCCCUUUUCAGGGCCCCCAGAACGUCAGGGAAAGGGCUGGCACCGGCAGUUGCUGGGCGGGGGGAGGGGCGCUCGAGCACGCCCUGCCUCGGGCCGUGGAAGCUCCCGCCCCGGGCUGCGGGCGGCCGCGGGCUGCAGGCGGCGGGCUCGGGGCUCCGGAGGGGGAGGUGUGAGCGGCAGGACCCGGAAUGGGGACCCGGAGUGGGGACCCAGCGCCGCUCGCAGGGACGUAGUCUGGAAAGUGCGGUGCCACGUAGAGACCACGCUCCAAUGUGCACACACAGACUGGGCUCCUGUCUUGGCCCUGGGUUGCAUUUGGGGUAAGAGGGAACUCCCAGACCGCGAGCGCUGGCGGGUAACGCAGGGCUUCUAAGGAGCCGCGGGCUCGGUUCCUGAGCCUAUAUAAGGGCUCCUAUGCAAAUUAGGACUAGCUGAUGCUGCCUCCGAUUGGAUGGGAAGGUCGCGCGUCAGAGGGGGCGGCUCCUCGCGUUGCCGGGGCCCUUAGAAGGCGGGAGCGGGCUGGCGCGGAAAGUGCCCGGUCCUGGGCCAGUGCUGCGCUCCGGGGCGCUGCCGGAUGCGAAUAUUUUGUCUUUGCUGACGUUUGAGUAGGAGGUGACCCAAGUUCAGACGCUAAAUGAAGGAGGCAAAGGCGGGCGAAGUCGAAGGCGGGGCCUAGCGCGCGGCCUCUGCAGGAGUGGGGGUGAGCUGCCCCGAGCUGGGGAGCGUCCCGCCACGAGUCCCCGGCGGCGGUGCUCGAACCCCUGACCGCGGAGGUCCAGGAGCGCGCUCGCGGUGCGGCCGGGCGCGCGGGGCAGCAUCCUGCUGCUGCUCAGGAGACCGUGUCGUGUGAACCGGUCGCAGCUGAGCUGCCCGUGGGGCCGUAGGAGGGAGAAACUCGAAAAUGGUGUGGGCGAGAUAGCUGCGCAGUCGCGGGUCCUGCCCCGCGCUCUGCCCAGGCGCCUGCCGGCAGGGGCCGCCAGCGGGGCGAGGCGGGAACCGAGCUCCGUGGGAAAAAAUUCUAGCAUUCCUCCAGCGGAGGCUGACCUGCCGUGGACUGGGGGUCCGGCACUCCGGGACACUUUGUGUUCCAUUGUUGCGUUUGAUUGUCUAGCAAACUUAUGCAGUAUUAUUGCUACUUCACAAAGAAACUGAUAAUGGGCGUGUAAACUGGAGGCAGGAUUCGAUCCCAACCCCGUUGGAUACCGCACCCUUUGACCGCGACCCUUCUGUGACACUGCUUCUGACUUGGAGACCUCUUGGCCCUUUUGCUGAGCUUUCACGUCCAAGUACUUUCCCCUAUUCCAUAAAGACUCCAGUGUAUUCGUGAUUCUAGUAUCCAUUAAAUUUCUAGGGCACUGAGACCGUCCCAGAAGCUCCGCUUUCUUUUAAUCCAAGUGAAAAAACUGAGAUGCUUUAAAAAGAAACAGCAAAAUCUA